GACAUUAGGUUUGGUAACUCAACUAGAAUGGCCUUGCACUAUUCCGAUGGAUAUACUUUUCUAAAUUUGUUUGUCAAAGUAAGUCACUUAAGUUCUGUAUGCUGGCUCUUGCAUUUUUCCAUCUGAAUAUGUUAUCCAUGUUCUGUGCCUUGUUAUGAUGGUAUAGGGGUCCUCCAGGUCAGCUGUCCAGCAAGUUCUGGAAUAUAGACUAGUCCCUUCCCCCAAUCACGUGUAGCAAAGUGGAUCAGAAGGAAAAAGAGAUUAUUCAGAACGAUUUAUCCCGGUCACUGGAUCUACUGAUUGAAACGGCUACAUUUAGUUCAAGGUUUGCUGAACAUGAAAAAGUGGUAUGGAGGCUUGUUGAUCAUUGCUCUGGGUAUGAUGUUGAUUCUCCUAUACAGUCCGUUUAGAAUGCAGCCACAGAAAUCAGUAAAACAGUCGGCCUACAGUUUCUUUAAUAAUCAUGCACCAACGGAUUCUACUGUAAGAAACAAUCUUGCUAUAAAUUCUUCAAAUGUGGCAGUAAAAGAAACACCAAAGCCAACCAAAAGGCCACAUUCUAUACAUGUUCAAGGGCUUGAUGAUCUUUGUAACAUGAAAAACUUUUUUGAAGGAGAGUUGAAAGCAAUGCUUUUGUGGACUCCUUUGUGUUCCCUGCUGUCAAGGUCAGAUGCUUUACCUGAAACAGCUCAAGGAGUUAAAGAGGCUUCUGUAGCAUGGAAAGAGUUGUUGUCCACGAUUGAGAAGCAGAAAGCCUCUAGGAUUAGCGAGAUAGAUAACCCCGAAAAUCAGAACUGCCCAUUGACUGUAACCACACUCGGCAAAAAGGUGGCAAGCAGUGGAAUCAUUCUUGAGCUUCCUUGUGGUCUAGUCGUAGAUUCAUCUAUUACACUAAUUGGCAUUCCUGUUGGGCAAAAUGGAAGCUUCCACAUUGACCUCUUGGGCCAACAGAUAGAAGAGGAUCCAAAUCCUCCUAUAAUUUUGCAUUACAAUGUGAGUCUCCCUGGAGAAAAUUUGACUGAGGAUCCAUUUAUAGUUCAAAAUACAUGGACUAAUGAACAUGGGUGGGGAAAAGAGGAAAAGUGUCCAGCUCAUGGUUCUACUAACAUCCAAGAAGUUGAUGGACUUGUGCUCUGCAAUGUACAAGUUACCAGAAGCAGCAACGAAGAGAAUCCAAGUGUGGGCAAACCUAUUAGUGAUAGAACUGCUAACUUUUCAGGGGAGAGUGCACAUAGAACUGCUAAUUUCCCUUUCACUGAAGGAAACCCUUUCACUGCCACAUUGUGGGUCGGUUCAGAGGGAUUCCAUAUGACAGUGAAUGGAAGGCACGAAACAUCGUUUGCGUUUAGGGAGAAACUUGAACCAUGGUUAGUUAACAGUGUCAAAGUAGGUGGCAAUCUAAGUCUCUUAUCUGCACUGGCAAAAGGCUUACCUACUACUGAAGAUAAUGAUAUUGUUAUUGACAUUGACAAACUUAAAGCUCCUUCUAUCCCCAGAAAAAGGCUUGUUUUGCUAAUUGGGGUAUUCUCCACGGGAAAUAACUUUGAAAGAAGAAUGGCCCUCAGGAGGUCUUGGAUGCAAUAUCAGGCUGUACGUUCUGGGGAGGUAGCUGUCCGAUUUUUCAUUGGGCUUCACAAGAACCAUAUAGCUAACGUUGAGCUGUGGAAAGAAGCACAAGCUUUUGGAGACAUCCAGUUUUUGCCGUUUGUUGAUUAUUAUGGUUUGAUCACCUUCAAAACUAUUGCAAUAUGCAUUUUAGGGACGAAAAUCAUACCUGCUAAGUACAUUAUGAAAACGGAUGAUGAUGCUUUUGUUAGGAUUGAUGAAGUGGUUUCUAACCUUAAAAGAAAGCCAUCUGAUGGUCUCUUGUAUGGUCUUAUAUCUUUCAAAUCGUCGCCUCACAGGGAUCAAGAUGGCAAAUGGUACAUCAGUGAGGAGGAAUGGCCACAUGAUUCAUACCCUCCAUGGGCACAUGGUCCCGGUUAUGUCAUCUCUCGAGACAUAGCAAAAUUCAUUGUUCAUGGCCAUGAACAAAGAACGCUGAAGCUCUUCAAACUGGAAGAUGUUGCCAUGGGGAUAUGGAUCGAAGAGUUCAAGAAGAGUGGUAGAGAAGUGCACUACGAAACUGAUGAGAGGUUUCACAAUGUUGGAUGUGAAUCAAAUUAUAUACUUGCCCAUUACCAAAAUCCAAGGAUGGUGUUAUGCCUUUGGGAGAAGCUGCUGAAAGAACACCAGCCAGCAUGCUGCGAGUAACUUUCCUGAGCUAUGUAUGUUAGCUAUCAGAUGUCAAAUUAAUUAUUUGAUUUAUUCAUUCAUCUUCACUGUUUCGCUCAAU